AUGGAUCGUCACUAUUCCAGAGAAGAGAAGGGGAAUGAUUUCGUGAAAUCUCGUCGUUGGAUCCGAGAACAUCCUAUCAAAUUCCCUGAUGAAGCAAACCCAGACUUUAUUGAAGCCAAUAAGCUCACACUCAUUGGAAGGAUUUUGAAUCCUGCAAUUCAGAAACCAAAAAAUUUGAUCUCAUUUAUGCCGCAAGUAUGGCGGAUGGAGGAUAAGAUCAAAUGGAGAGAUCUUGGCCCUGAGAAAUUCCAAUUCAAUUUCAAGUGUGAAGUUGAUCUUCAAGCGGUCCUUAGCGAAGCUCCAUUCCACUUCAAGAGAUGGAUAUUUUUCUUGCAGCGUUGGGAGCCAGUUAUUUCCGAUGUCUUUCCUUCAAAGAUACCUUUUUGGGUCAGAGUCCACGGCAUACCGGCGUUCUAUGCUACUAAACUAAAAUAA